UUUUCUUGCUGUUGUCCUUAGGCCCAUCUUACAACCCGACGGCGUCAUAGCGGAUUUAAUGCUGAAGCCUUCAAUAGCUUACCAGCCUAAGGUCACAAGUGCUAGGGAACCCCAGCGCUCAGUGCCAUCAAGUUCCAUUGCUGCCCCUCACUGACUGACAGAAUCAAUCAACCCCACCAUGAGAAUCUCAUCAACCCAAUGGAUCAUUCAUAGCUUUUCGGAGGAGGCAAAAUUUAAUUUCGACGUCCCUGCAUUACUUGCAUUCAAGACAUCAACUACACAUACACAUACACAUACACAUACCUGCCGAAUAAUACCAUAGAACAUCAAAUAUUCGCCAUAGCCAUUCAAAAUGGUCCGCCACAAAAAGGAUUUCGCCUCCAAGGGUAGAAAGGGAGGCCCAACCCCGCGACGAGGACCCCGUCGUGAUGAUGAUGGCGAUGGUUCCUCGCGCCCAGCUUUCAAAGCCGCAUGCUGGGAUCUCGGCCAUUGCGAUCCUAAGCGCUGUUCCGGAAAGAAACUCAUGAAGCUUGGAAUGAUGCGCGACCUGCAUCUCGGCCAACGCCAUAACGGAGUCAUCAUCACACCCAACGGCAAACAUACCGUUUCCCCCGCCGAUCGCGAGCUCAUGGACCAGUACGGCGCUGCUGUUGUAGAAUGCUCUUGGGCGAGGACGCAGGAGGUUCAGUGGAACAAAGUAGGUGGGAAGUGUGAGCGGUUGUUGCCGUACCUCGUCGCUGCGAAUACGGUCAACUAUGGCAAGCCCUGGCGCCUGAACUGUGUUGAAGCGCUGGCUGCAGCUUUCUACAUCUGUGGUCACUCAGAUUGGGCGGAGCAGAUUCUUGCCCCAUUUUCAUACGGACCAUCCUUCCUCGAGAUCAACCACAGCUUACUCAAGCGAUAUGCUGCGUGUGCUGAUGAGGCCGAGAUCAAAAAGACUGAAGAAGAGUGGAUGGAGCAACUGGAGAAGGAAUACGCCGAGAGUCGAGAGGAAGGAAACGACGAUAUGUGGACCAGCGGAAAUACCAAUCGAAGACGUGUUCAAUCUUCUUCUUCUUCUGAUGACGACGAUGACGACGAAGAGGAAGAGGGAAGCGUGGACGGUAUAUAUCUUGGCAAGAAGCCCCCUAAAGCUCAGCCAGAAGAGGAGGAGGAGGAGGAAAAGGAUCGUUAUGCAAUAUCUGACGACUCAGAUGACGAGGACACAAUGGCCGAGAUCCGUCGCAAAGUUCUCGCCUCAAAGACCUUCACUAACCCCAAGCAACAAGACGGCAAGAAGCCUGCCACCAUUCCCAACCCACAUCAGCACCAGCAGCAGUUCAAGCCUAAUACCAGUGUUCAGCCUGACUCAGAUAACGAGAGGAGCGGAAGCGAGGAUGACGAUGAUGACGAUGAAUUUGAUAACAUCAUUGAGGCUACGCCUGUGACUGAUCGUAUUGGUUUGGCCAAGUUGGAAAAGGAGCGUAAUCAGGCUACUAUUACGACGAGGACGUUCUCAUCCAACGCUGUGGGGGCGCCAUCUCGAAGAUGAGCAGAACAUAACCACACAAAAAUCGUAUAACUCUAGCCAACAUUACUUAUCCGCCAAUUUAAAGAAUGGGGUCAUGGAAUUGUAACUUUCAGUACUGAAACAGUGAAAUUUGGUAUAUCGUCCCUCUAUCCAACACCCAAAUCUUGGCAUGCUCUUUCGUCAUAAGACCAUGUCUGUAUAUGCAUCUAUUCAUACACGACUCCCUUUUUUAGAGAGCGAUCACCUUUUGAUUUCCACCUUUUGUACAUAUUUUACAGUUCUAUUUUUACAGUGUUCGCCU